ACCACCAUCAUCACCAUCAACAGGACCAGGAGGAGGAGGAGGGUCCGUGGGCCCCUCAGCGCUGUGGAGGAUGAGCACAUGUUGCUGGUGUACGCCUGGUGGUUCUUCCACCACAGAUGUCCUAAGGGAAUAUGCAUCCAAGAACAUAUCCUGUGAAUUCUUCAUAGCGGCCAACGAUGACUUGUGUUACUGUCUGGAGUGUGUGGCUGAAUACCACAAGGCAAGAGAUCAGCUGCCCUUCUUGCAUGAGGUCUUGUGGGAACUGGAAACUUCCCGGCUUGUGGGGCAUUUUGAAAAGUGCAUUAAAGAAGUUGGAGAAGAUGAUGAACUGUUUAUAAUAAAUGACAAUAGGGAAACACAUCUUUCUAAUAUCAGUGGCUCAGACUUUGAAAACAAUCUGCGAGUUCCUCUUCUGGAAAUUCUAAAGUACCCCUAUUUGUUGCUAAAUGAGCGUGUCAGUGAGUUAUUUGUCGAAGGACUGUGUAGGAUGGAGCAAGCUAACUGUUCCUUUCAAGUCUUUGACAAACAUCCAGGAAUCUAUUUGCUCUUGGUACAUCCCAAUGAAAUGAUUCGACGGUGGGCUAUCCUGAGUGCCAGAAAUCUGGGGAAGGUAGACCGUGAUGAUUAUUAUGAUCUACAAGAAGUGUUAACUUGUUUAUUUAAAGUAAUUGAGUUGGGCCUUUUUGAAAGCCCUGAUAUAUAUACAUCAUCUUUGCUCGAAAUGGGCAAACUUAUUCUUCUGCCAUGUCACAUGUAUGACACCAUGAACUAUAAGAACUACUGGCUGGGCAUCUGUUUACUGCUAACCAUUCUUGAGGAACAAGCUAUGGAUUCUCUGUUCCUGGGUGCAGGCAAGCAAAAUGAUUUUAUGAAGUCUAUACUACAUACCAUGGAGAGACAAGAAAAUGAUGAUAGUAUGAAUCCCUUCUGGCCAGCAUUACACUGUUUCAUGGUGAUUCUGGAUCGGCUUGGAUCAAAAGUGUGGGGUCAACUUAUUGACCCCAUUGAGGCAUUCCAGACCAUUAUCAACAAUGUGAGCUACAACAAAGAAAUCGAAAAUAUACGUACCAGCUCUAACAGGGCAAAAUUGGAACCUGAGUCAAAUUUUGAGGAAGACAUGGUGACCUGCAGCCAGAUUGUGUACAAUUAUAAUCCAGGGAAAUCCAAAAAAGACUCAGGAUGGAGGUCGGCAAUCUGUCCAGAUUACUGUCCAAAUAUGUAUGAAGAAAUGGAGACCUUGACCAACUUACUUCAGUCUGAUAUUGGUCAGGAUAUGCGUGUUCACAAUAGCACAUUUCUGUGGUUCAUCCCUUUCGUUCAGUCCAUCAUGGAUCUUAAGGACUUGGGGGUGGCUUACAUAGUGGAGGUCAUUCACCAUCUGUACUCAGAAGUCAAAGACGUCCUGAAUGAGAAAGUGGCACUGUGUGACAAAGUCACUGAGUUUUUCCUCUUGAUCUUGGUGUCGGUGAUUGAACUGCAUCGGAAUAAAAAGUGCUUGCAUUUGCUGUGGGUUAGCUCUCAGCAGUGGGUGGAGGCUGUGGUGAAGUGUGCUAAACUUCCUGCCACGGCCUUUGCAAGGUUUGCAGAGAAAAGUGCUGGGAGUUGCCCCAGAGUCACUUCAACCAUUUCAGGACUGUCUUUGAAUUCACAGCCAUCUAACUCCGUCCAGCAUGCUUGUGUACUCCUGAUCCGUAGUAUUCUCAGGGAAGGUUAUCAGCUUGGACAGCAAACUAUUUGCAAACAGUUCUUGGACAAACUCAAUUUGCUCCUGCGGGGAAACUUAUCCCUUGGUUGGCAGUUAAACAGGCAGGAGACUCAAGAAUUGCAAAUGUGUUUAAAGCAGAUUGUUAGAAAUAUAAAUGUUCGCGUGCCAAAGGGUGUCACUUCUCUGGAACAGAAUGUUGUUUGUAAAGCUCAGCCUAAGGUAUCCGUAAAAGAAGAAAGUGAGAUUACAGGAGAGAGGAUGAGAAGGGACAAAAGUCCAACAUUUUCUAAAGGGCGGCGGAAAGCCGGCGCGUAUCUGAAGCAAGAAAACCCAUCUUCCAGGAGAAUCAGUGCUUGUGAAGAGGAUCGAGUGGGAAGGGGUUUUGGAGCAUCAGAGGAAGAUGGUGGGCUCUCAUCUGAAUCCUGCUUAGACCAUCUUAAGGAACCUGUGGCCAAAAGAUCUCGAGAUCCUGGAAUUUCAAAUGGUGUGGCAUUGGAGGCACCAAAGAUUGCUCAAGGGAUAAAUAUAGUUAAAGACUUUGCCUCAAAAGGGGCAGAAAAAGCUAGAUUUGAAGGCAGAACUAAAGUACCUGGAUUGUGGGGCAUCGAGUCAAGGUCUAAUUCUUCUGAAAAUGUAUUUAGGUCAAAUGAGAAUACCUGUUCAAAGAAUGAGGAUAACAGAAAAAACACCAAGCUGAAACCCAACAUCCAGAAGGAUGAUUUGUGUGCAAAACUAUUUCAGGUAAUGAAACAGUGUCCCAGAAAAACCAAAAUGGCAAAUCAGUCUGAAGAUGCUGAGGCAAAUCAGAGGCCAUCAAGCAUUGGGAGUUGCUGCCCAAAGAAAGAAGCCGAAAGCCGAAGAGAGAACACGGUCACUCGGAAAUCAAGUUUAGACGACUGUGUUACUCCAGAAGAUGCUGAAACUGAAGGGGCAGGAUCCAGAAAUGACACCUUAGUCAUUAAAGAAGAACCAAAUGAUCAGAUAAACUAUUUAGCGUAUCAUAAAAAUUACGACUGCUUGCAAGAAAGUGAUAGCAAGGAUGAAGAUAAAAUUUCACAUAAAGUAAUUGGGCAAGCAACACUGGAAAAAUAUCUACAUAGACAAGAAUCAAGAACUGACAGUCUUUCACCUUCUUUUACAAGAAAAAGUAAUUGGAAAGAAACAAAUGAGUUUGCCUGUUCUGUUCCAUGGAACACGAUAAGAGAAGUCUCUGCUAAAAGUGUCAUUGUCAGCCCCUCUAGUACCCACGCCACUGAAGACCAUGAUAAAGAGACUCUCAUUGCCUAUGCCAAGGGUUUGAGCCUUCUUUCGGAUUCAGCGCCAGAAGAUUCGCCUCAGCUGCAGAAUAUUAAACGAAAAGUGAAAGAUGCGGUGAAAUUGGCCAUGAACAAUCAAAGUGAUGACUCCGUUUCUAGUGUGGAAACCCUCAAGAGUCAAGUCAUCAUAAUUUCAGAUUCCUCUUCUGAUGAGGAAAGGGCGCUGACUGUUAGUGAAGAGAUAAAAACUACAGUAACAGACAUUAAGAAAGGAAGUUCAGAACGAUGUCCUUCAGUGUCUAAUGUAGAGGAUGAACUAGAGGCAAAAGAGGGCUCGACAUCACCUUUAGAGUCUGAGGAGUGCGAUUCUCAGAUGUUUGAGUUCGAAACCCAAGAGCAGGUGUAUUCAUUUUGGCAAGACUCUGAAGCUUCUGACAAGAAUUUAGAAACCGAACAAGAAACUCGAUUGAUUCCCACUGUCGCACACUCACUGGAACACUUAAACGACUGGGGUUACGAAACGGAUUACAUCUGUGAUGACAUAAUUGAAAAAGUAGUAGAGGAUAUGGAGAAACAUUUGGAGCCGCUCGCUGGUAGUCUUUCUCUUGAGGAAUGUGAGAAAAUCGAAGUGAAGCCUGGAAGUCAUCGAUCUAAAAACCCCACGGCUAAAGGCCCCAAAGAACCUCUGCCUAACUUCAAAAAUAUAGGCCAAGCCAAAGCUUGUUCUACUGCCGCUACUGUUAAAGGUCGUUCCGACAGUGAUGUGGAGGCCAGCACUUCCGCGUCUACUCUGUCAGUGACGCCCAGUUUGAGUAAAAUUUCAAAUGAAAGUCCAGGCACAGUGUUUCCUUCAAAAUCUGUGUCUAGCCCCUAUUUCACCAGCAAGGAACCAGUUUCUCAAAGCCACAAGAAAAUAUGCGUCAAAGAAAACAAAGGGCAAAAUAAAACCUUGAAUAAAACGUCUUCUAAAGAGACUCCUUCUUGCCGGUCUACUCCUGCAGUGGUUCCACCCAAGAAGUUUCGCCCCUGUCCAGAACCGACGUCAACGGUGGAAAGGCUUGGUCUGAAAAAGAGGCCCCGCAAAGCAUUUGAAUUAUCCCAGCGGUCUUUAGAUAGCCUGGCCAAGCUGCGCAACUACGGCCAAACCGCAGGAGCAGUCAGUAGUCAUAAAAAGCAAAAGGCAAAAUUAAUUUCUCCCCAGGCUCUUGUUAUCAAAAAUAAUAAAAAGCUGUUGGCGUGCCAGGAUCUGCAGUUUCUCAGGCAAAUGAAGUCCGAACCCAAAAAAAAUCUGAAAGGGCUUCCGGCCAGUCGAAGCAGAAAUUUUCCAAGGGCCUUGUCAAAUCCAGUCCUGGCACCUGGAGCACGGAGGCAAUCAUCAUCCGGAACUAGAGACGGUUUCAAGUCAAAAGUUGAGCUAGUCUCAAGCAGUGAUGGAAGAAGGCAGAGAGAAGAUGCAGAUACGGAAGCGGUUCAAACCGGCCGUAUCUCUGAAACUGUUGAUGGUACUACUAACCCUCUGACCAAGCAAGACUCGCUUGACUCAAAGGUUCGCUUGAUUCAAGCAAGUGAAGCUCUUGUUUCUUCUUCCGAAGACCAUUCAAGGGGCUCCUUUUCAAGCGGAGGUUGUGGUUUCAGCGGUGACCUCGAAGAUCAAGUUGAUCUUCAGGCCCCACUGAGCUUUGGACCUGAGACGAAAUCUUCCAGGGAAGCAGAAUCCAAAUGUAAUGACGAUAAAGAGGAGGAUAAUUUAUUCUUGACACAAACAGACACGGUUGAUAUGGAGUUAUGCUCACAGGUGGAGACCUUUGAAGAUUUCCAAGCGUUCCCCGAAAAUGAGCCGAAGGAGGUUAAAGACAACCCCCAGCCUGGGGCUUCAGACGGCAUAAAGUGUAAACACAAAGACUGUACAGAGGCAGUUGUGAACCUAGGAGAAAGCUGUUCCAAGCAUUCUGUAGUCAAAACCUCAGAUGAACAUCUUUUUGCUAAACCAGCUGUGCCAAUGUCACCACUGUUUAAAACAGCUAAACCUCCCACUGCUAAAGUUUUCAGUUCAAGCAGUACUUCCCGGAACGCCGCCUUUUCCAAAGAUUUAGAAAAGUCUCCAAAGCUCCCAUUACCCUUGAAAACUAAACCAAAUGUGAUGAAGCCACCGGCCUCAAAAGUAACAAAACCAACUCCUGCUACUGCCCAGGGAUCAGUGUUGAAGCCUGAUGAAGAGAAAAAUCCCCGCAGUGUUCUUCAACCAUACAACAAGCAGGCGCCUAGUUAUUUCAGCAGGUCAGCCCCUCCAGUUCAGCCCGGCCCCAAAAAUCCCUAUCUGCUAGUCAGUUCUUUUGCCGCCCAGCAAAGUUACUACAGCUCAUUUCUUAGCGAGAUUCUGAAGUGGAAGUGUGAAAUGUUCAAAGACAUCGGCCAGUUGGGCCCCCCGGCAAACCUCUGCAAGACCAUCUUGAGUCCCGUUCCCCUCAGCUUCCAAAACUACGAUGACUAUUUUAAUAUCUUUUUCCCCCUGAUGAUGCUGAACACCUUCGAAACAGUUGCUCAAGAAUGGUUGGAAAAUCAGAAGAAAGACAAUUCUUACCAGCUUCAUUUACGAAGCUUCUACAGUGGUGACGUCAAUUCUGCAAAAUUUAUGGUUUACGUUAAGGAAAAAGACAUGGCUAAACAACUGCACCCCAAGGAGGAUGAUCUAAUACUUUUGGAAGUACCUGGAGGGAUAAGUGGUUUUGCUGCAGAAAAAAAUGAAGUGAUACGUCACCCAGUGUAUCACACUGCUUAUGUUUCCCAGUUUACACGCUCUUCAGCCAGGCAUACGGAUCGGCAAGUUAUUUGUAAUGUUGCCGUUCAAACCAAAAGCAACUUGGCGAGUUACAUAAACCAACCAGUGAAAUGCACCAUUAUUAGUUCUCUGGUGACUACCCAGCGUAAAUUCCGAGCUUUGCUCUCACUGAGUCGAAGUCCGUUGGCCGGAACAAUUAUAAAUCCACACAUCUCAGACUUCUGCCCCCGGGAUUCAGUGAAACCAGCUCCUGAGAAGACAGUUGCUUACCUGAAAGAUUUCAAUGAAGACCAAAAGAAAGCAAUUGAGACCGCCUAUAGCAUGGUGAUGCUGCAUCCGUCACUCCCUAGAAUCUGUUUGAUUCACGGACCACCUGGAACAGGGAAAUCAAGAACGAUUAUUGGUCUCUUGCAUCGCAUCCUGAAUGAGACACCUAAGGAGAGACCGGCUCCGAACUUGAACGCCAAAAUUAAACGAAACCGUGUCUUAGUGUGUGCACCCUCCAAUGCGGCCAUCGAUGAACUUAUGAAAAAGAUCAUUCUUGAAUUUAAAGAAAAAUGCCAAAACAAGAAGAGCCCUUUGGGAAAUUGUGGAGAUAUAAAUUUAGUGCGACUGGGUCCAGAAAAGUCCAUCUCCAGUGAGGUCUUGAAAUUUAGCCUGGACAGCCAAGUUAACUACAGAAUGAAAAAGGCCUUGCCCAGUCGUGAUCAAGAUCUUCACAAGCGAAAGGAAGCUCUGGAUCACCAGCUGGACCAACUUUCUCGCCAGCGUGCUAUGGACCGAUGUGAGAAAGGAGAGAAGAGCCAAAAUUUAGAUGAAGAAAUCGCCAGACUCUCAGCGCAGAGAGAACAACUGGCUUCUAAACUAAAAGAGGUUCGAGGCCGCCCUCAGGAAAUACAAAGCAACAUCAUCCUGGGAUCACACAUCAUCUGCUGCACCCUGAGUACAAGCGGAGGUUUUUUGCUGGAAUCUGCUUUUCGUCGACAAGGAUAUGAACCUUUCAGUUGCGUCAUUGUUGAUGAGGCUGGACAGGCUUGCGAAUUGGAGACAUUGAUUCCCCUCAUCCAUCGCUGCAACAAGCUCGUCCUGGUUGGAGAUCCUAAGCAGCUCCCUCCCACAAUCAUCUCUCUGAAGGCGCAAGAGUUUGGCUUUGACCAGUCUAUGAUGGCUCGUUUGUGUAAAAACCUGGAGAAUCAGGUGGAGCAGAAUCUGGCCAGGAAAGCGCCUAUUUUGCAGCUCACCUUUCAAUAUAGAAUGCAUCCUGACAUAUGCCUGUUCCCAUCUAACUAUAUUUAUGGCCGAAGCUUGAAAACUAGCAGAGCGACCGAAGAGGCCCGCUGUUCACUGGACUGGCCGUUCCUGCCUUACCUUGUGUUUGACGUGGAAGACGGUCUGGAGCGGCGGGAGCACGAAUCCUAUUUUAAUUUCCAGGAAAUAAAGCUAGUGAUUGAGUUGAUUAAGAUGAUUAAAGAUAAAGAGAAGGAUAUUACUUCUCGGAACAUCGGCGUAAUCACACCUUACAAGUCGCAGAAGAAGAUGAUUCAAUGUGAAUUGGAUAAGGAGUUUGAAAAAAUCAGGCUAGGGGAGGUUGACACCGUUGAUGGAUUCCAGGGUCGUCAGAAGGACUGCAUUAUUGUUACCUGUGUUAGAGCAAACUCCACCCAAGACAUCGGGUUUCUGUCAAGUGUGCAGCGACUGAACGUUACCAUUACCCGAGCCAAGUAUAGCCUCUUCAUCCUCGGGCAUUUGAAAACACUGAUGGAAAACAAAGAUUGGAGCCAGUUGAUUCAAGAUGCCCAGAGGCGGGGUGCCAUCAUUAGAACCUGUGAAGCCAACUACAGGCAAGACGUUCGUAGAAUCCUGAAGCCCAAAUUGGUGUCACAGCAACUUCCACUCAAGGCAGCUGAAGAGAAAACUAGACCCCAAGCCGUCUUGUCCGGUGAGAAACCGAAGGAUACGGCAGAGGGCUUGGAGAAUAUCACCUCUAGCCCCACCAUCGCACCCUCCCUCCCUUCUCCUCAGUGUGGCGGCCCUUCCAACCGAGCAGAACCACCGCCUCCCGACCACCAGAAGAAAGGUGCGCAGGCUGCUCCGGGAAAAGCGCUUAUUACAUCUCCUGCUCAGAAUCAACCCCGGGACCCAAGAUUGGCUUGGAGAAGAGACUUUUCAGCCAAAGAGAGGCCCCCGAAGGAGCCUACGGCCUACCCCCGGCAAGAGCUUAGCGGUCUUGGAGCGGACCCGGGCCAGAGUAGGAUCCUAGACCACUCUGUCUCUAAAGUAGCAGCCAGAACCCUGAGCAACCCCCAGCCAGAUGGUCCGUCAACCCAGGGGUCCGGCCAGAGCACCCAGAAAAGCCGACAUCAAAGUUGGGAGGGUUCCAGAAGAGAAACACCAUCUCCUCGGAGAGGAGGGCAGGAGAAACAGGCCCCCAGAAGAGACAAGUACUCUGACUUAGAUAGAGACUAUCGCUUGGAGCGGGGCUCUCAUUCGAAAAAGGACUUCCGCCCGGGCAGGGUCCAGGACACCCAAGAGAAUCGAGACAGUGAUGCAAAGAGGAGGAAAGUUUCUUAGCUGAAGUUUUCCCGGACUCUACGAGCAUUUGGCAAAAGGAGAACAGUAUAAAAAUGGGGCAGCUAGCGGGUUUUUUAGAUGGUGAACUAACAAAUAAGAACGCGGAUAUUGCCUUUUUUUUAAAAGAAAGUGGUAUGCUUUUGACAUGUGGCAAAUUGCACGUGCGGCCGUGGAAGCCCAUAUUCUGUUGGUAAUUCUUUUUCCCGUCUCCUAGAAGAUUACAAAGAGCAUUCAUGCCUGAAAGGGGUUGCCCUUGCAGUCAUGGAACCAAAUGUUACGUUGCUUUUCCUACCCAGGCAAGUGAAGAUGUAAAUGUUGAUAUGUACAUUUGUAUAGCAAAGCAGCUUCACCCUUGUAAAAUUUGAUCUGGCAGAUUUUGCUUUUUUUUCUGCCCCAGUGUUUCAUAGAAAAGCGCAUUUCAUAUAAAAAACAAAACAAAACAAAAAAUACCCAA